CAAGACGGGACGGAUCGAAGGAAGGGAGAAUUGGGCGAAGAUCGAAGGGAAAAGGCGUCGGAACAACCCAAGGGAAACAACCUCCGACUCUUUGGCCAACGGCAUAACCUUUUGCAGAGCACCCACCCCAUCGGCCCGGACUUGGCACCAAAGCCCGGCCGUUGGGUGUCCACUUUUCCACGAAAACAGCACCCGCACCGCAUCUGCCGCGAUGCCACCCUUGCUCCGCGCAACCCCGCCCGGGGCGGCCAGGGCCAGUCAGGCGCUUCAGAAAAACUAUCGCCGUGCCGUUGCAGUAGCCGUGACAGGGAUCGGCCGUGCGGGCGUCGGACGGUUCAUCUCGUCUUCCACGCGCGCUUUCGACGGGGGACAUGCGACAAAUCAGGGGAACAUAACCCCGCUGCCACGCCCCAACAGAACCAUCCCCCUGGUACAGACAACUCCCCUGGUUAAUGACACCAUACCCAGGACGGCAACCGGUUCUUCUCCUACAACGCAACACCGCUGGUCGUCGACCCUCGCCGCCGACAAUAAGCCCAAGAUGUACACGACGUCGUUCGCCUUCUUCGAGGCGCUUUGGGACGCCGGCGUAACACACGUCUUUGUCAACCUGGGAUCCGACCACCCCAGCAUCAUCGAGGCCAUGGUCAAGGGUGCUCGCGAGAAGAAGGGCCAGUUCCCGCGUAUUAUCACCUGUCCCAAUGAAAUGGUAGCAAUGUCCAUGGCCGACGGCUACGCUCGCCUCACCAACAAACCGCAAGCCGUAAUCGUGCACGUGGACGUAGGCACGCAGGGGCUCGGCGCGGCGGUGCACAACGCGAGCGCGGGGCGGGCGCCCGUCCUGGUGUUUGCCGGCCUCUCGCCCAUCACGCAGGAAGGGGAGCUGCGCGGCAGCCGCACCGAGUUCAUCCACUGGAUCCAGGACGUGCCGGACCAGAAGCAGAUCCUGGCGCAGUACUGCCGCUACGCCGCGGAGCUCAAGACCGGGGUGAAUGUUAAGCAGAUGGUCAACCGCGCGCUACAGUUUGCGCGGUCUGCGCCGCAAGGGCCUGUGUAUCUGUGUGGGUCGAGGGAGGUCAUGGAGAUGGAGAUGGAGGCGUAUCAGAUUCCCCAGGACCAGUGGGAGCCGGUUGAGUUGGGCGGGUUGCCGAGCGGUGCUGUGAGGAAAAUUGCCGAGGCGCUGGCGGGGGCGAAGGAGCCGUUGAUGAUUACGGGGUAUGCGGGGAGGAAUCAGGCGGUGCCGGGGGCGUUGGUCGAGUUGGCGAACACGGUUAAGGGGCUGAGAGUGCUGGAUACCGGCGGGAGCGAUAUGUGCUUCCCGGCGGAUCAUCCGGGUUGGUUGGGGGUGCGGUAUGGUGUCGAGGACGUGAUUCGCACGGCGGACACCAUCAUCGUGUUGGACUGCGACGUGCCAUGGAUCUCGACGCAGUGCAAACCAAAGGAGGAUGCCAGGAUCUUCCACAUCGACGUCGAUCCCCUAAAGCAGGUCAUGCCGCUGUUUUAUAUCCAGGCGCAACACCGGUAUCGGGCAGAUGCCUUGACGGCUGUCGAACAGAUCAUUUCGCUGCUCAAGUCGGAUGAGACGUUCAAGACGCAGCUGACGGGGGCGGAGAGCGAGAAGCGAUGGGCGGCUCUCCAAGACUCAUACAAGAAUCGGUUGGAAACCAUCGAGGUGCGGUCCCAGCCGCUCGAGAACGGCGAGUUCGGAACCAGCCAUCUCUGCGCGAAGCUGAGACAGAUGUGCCCUGAGGAUACCAUUUGGGCCGUCGAGGCCGUCACCAACACCUUGUUCGUCCACGACGGUAUCCAGCCAACACUCCCCGGGCACUGGAUCAACUGCGGAGGUGGCGGCCUGGGCUGGUCUGGCGGCGGCGCUCUCGGUAUCAAGCUUGCGACGGAGUACGAAGCCCAGCUUAAGGGGGAAAAGGGCAAGUUCGUGGUGCAGAUUGUGGGCGACGGGACGUUCCUCUUCUCUGUGCCGGGCAGCGUGUAUUGGAUCUCGAAGCGGUACAAUAUUCCCGUGCUGACGAUUGUGCUGAAUAACAAGGGCUGGAAUGCGCCCCGCAAGUCGCUGCUUCUGGUCCAUCCGGACGGAUUGGGUUCGAAAGCGACUAACGAGGAGAUCAACAUUUCAUUCGAUCCGGCUCCCGAUUACGCCGGCAUUGCCAAAGCAGCGGCCGGCGGCGACCUCUUUGCUGCGCGGGUCGACAAGGCAACAGACCUGGAGAAGGUGCUCAAGGAGGCCAUCGCGGCAGUCCAAGGGGGACAGACGGCCGUAGUUGACUGCAAAGUCACGUCGGGAUGCUGAUCUUGUCGCCUUUCCUGUCCUGCCCGGAUGCCUUCAUGUACUUACUGUAUCGGUAUGUAGUUGCCCUCUUGUGGGAUGAGUGUCGAGCGCCGGAGUUCGAUGAGGCGUUGCCCUCAACGACGGGCUGAAGGUUUGCAUGUGGGGAGUCAGCUGGGUCAUUCGCU